AUGGUCAUAUCAGCGUUGGAAACGUUAGAAUCUCUUGCUAAUAAUAAUGAGCGAGAAAAUGAAGAGAUCUUGUCGCUACAGAAGACUGUGGAGCGCCUCGAACAGGAGAAGCAAGCCAGACAAUUACAGACGGCGAAGUUUGAGGAGGAACUUGAUCAAGUCGAAGAAACGUACAAAAAGGACAUCAAUGAGCUACGAAUGAUGGUGAAAACUUUAAUGUCGGAAAAUAAGACCUUAAGCACUACAGUAUCUUCUUUACCGGCCACGGCGGAGAGUCCGACCAGUGCAGCUAGU